UUUACGGUAAUGCGUCAUCCGAAAAUAAACGAGGAACAAUACAGCUAAACUGUAUCACAAGCGGCACAUUUUUGUUAUUUUAUAAAGAAAUAACAAAUAAAGUGCAGAGAAACAGGCAGAACAACAAUCACGUAAUAAAUACGAGACUGUAAAGCGCGUUUGUUGAAUAUUUCCUGCGCAUCUCUUGAGGUGUUUACAGUAAUCGCGUCAUUCACAGGUACUGCGGGAAUCUGGAAGAUCCUGUCAAACUCUUGAGGAGAAAAAGCGCACAGACACGCAUCAAACUGAGGGGUAAAGAGCAGAAAAAGAGAACGUGUUUGCAGGAAAAGUGUUCACUUCCGUGUUCACAAAGCACAGCUCAUCCGGGAAUCUGCUGAGUAUGAUGAAGAUCUGCUGAUGAAGAUGAUGGACAGCAGGAGCCUGAGGAGUGUGUCUGCUCUGCUGCUCUUCCUCCAGUUCUGCUGGUGUUUCUCAGAUGGAGAUCAGAAAUCCAGACCAAACUUUGUGCUGAUGAUGGUGGACGAUCUGGGCAUUGGAGACAUCGGCUGCUAUGGGAACACCACCAUCAGGACUCCAAACAUCGACCGGCUGGCGUCUGAUGGGGUGAAACUGACCCAUCACCUGUCGGCCGCUCCACUCUGCACACCCAGCAGAACUGCCUUCAUGACGGGACGAUACCCUCUGCGCGCCGGUAUGGGCAGCACGGGUCGUGUUCAGGUGAUCUUGUUUCUGGCUGGAUCUGGAGGUCUUCCUCCAAAUGAAACCACCUUCGCCAAACUGCUGCAGAAGCAGGGCUACACCACCGGCAUUGUGGGUAAGUGGCACCUGGGUGUGAACUGCGAGAGCCGCUCUGACCUCUGCCAUCACCCUAACAACCACGGCUUUGACUUCUUCUACGGUCUGCCGUUCACGCUGUUCGUGGACUGUGCGGUGGGCGCGGGGUCCGGAGUGCUGCUGGACUAUCAGGAGAUGCUGCUGAACUCCUGUAAGCUGCUGCUGGUGUGUGUGCUGACUCUGCUGGCCCUCAGGGGCUCCGGGCUCCUGUGCGCCGGCUGGAGGCUCCUGUUCCACCUGUCCGCCGCCGCGCUGAUCUGCUUCCUGCUGUGGUUUGUGCCGUUCGGGCUGCUGCGCGUCUGGAACUGCAUCCUCAUGAGGAACGGAGAGGUGGUGGAGCAGCCGAUGAACCUGCAGACGCUCAACAGCAGACUCAUGAGGGAAGCAGAGCAGUUCAUGGAGAGACACAGAGACGGGCCGUUCCUGCUGUUCGUGUCGUUCCCGCAGGUUCACACGCCGAUGUUGGUCACUGAAGGGUUCGCCGGGAAAAGCAGACAUGGGCUUUAUGGAGACAAUGUGGAGGAGGUGGACUGGAUGGUCGGUAGAGUAGUGGACACCAUCGACAGGCUGGGUCUGACAGAGAAAACCCUGCUGUAUUUCACCUCCGACCACGGCGGAGGCAUCGAGGAGGGUCCGAGAGGAGGCUGGAACGGGAUAUAUCGAGGUGGUAAAGCCAUGGGCGGCUGGGAUGGAGGAAUCCGUGUGCCGGGUAUAUUCCGCUGGCCUGGUCGUCUGGCUGCGGGAAGAGAAGUGGCAGAACCCACCAGCCUGAUGGAUGUUUUUCCCACAGUGGUGAAGCUGGCCGGAGGAGAGCUGCCGAAAGACAGGCUCCUGGAUGGUCAUGAUCUGAUGCCGCUGUUAGAGGGCAGCAGCAGCCGCUCUCAGCAUGAGUUCAUGUUCCACUACUGCGGCAUGUAUCUGAACGCUGUACGCUGGCACCCACAGAACAGCUCCUCCAUCUAUAAGGUGGUGUUCUUCAGCCCAGUGUUCUCCCCCGCGGGCUCCAGUGGCUGCUUCAGCACGGGCAGCUGCAUGUGUCACAAACCGCAUGUGACGUACCACAGCCCCCCGCUGGUGUUCCUCAUCAGCAGCGACCCAUCAGAGAGCGUCCCGCUGACAGAACAGACAGACCCGCGGGUUCCCGAGGUCCUGCAGAGGGUGCAGCGCGCAGUGGAAGAGCACAGGAGGAGUCUGACACCUGUAGAGAUGCAGCUCACCUGGAGGAAGACGCUCUGGAGACCCUGGCUGCAGCCCUGCUGCGGGACAUUCCCAUACUGCACCUGUUCUGAGGAGGACACACACACUACUGGAUGAGGACACACACACUGCUGUGGGACACUCUCAGACUGCACCUGUGCUGAGGAGAAGGACACAAACACAGCUGAAUGAGGACACACACACGCAUUCACCUCUCAUGCUCACACACAUCUCCCAGACAAACACUAAGGGUGUACUCACACUAUUUACAGUCGUCUGUACCGUGCCGAAGCGCGCUUGUCCCCCUCCCCUCUCCCCCGAAGGCCUGCCCUUACACUAUUAUCGUCCGAACGAGAGCUCACUUCCGUCAUACAUGAUGCUCUGGGGUGCGUUUCCCAAACAAUGACGUAACUCGCGGCUGAACUAUCAUAGUACGAUGCAUCAUUUGGGAAAAGAAUGAUGUAGUGACGAGUGUUUCCCAAAACCCGUAGUUUCUCUGUUGCAGAUCCAUCGCUUGAACCACGUUAGGUAAAAUCAUAGACUGUAAAAGAUAGGGAUGUAGUAUCCGUGAAGCUACAAGUAGGCGUGGCCUACCGUCGCCAUUUUGUUCGCGCGUCAUCGCACUCACGUCGGGAUACCAAACAAGGGCACAGAGGCGGAGAGUGGGCGGAGCUACAGACACCUGCUGGCAUUUAGCUUGGACCUGGCUUUAGACACACUUUACUUUGGGAGAAACGCUGAAUACUUUAUAACCUGUGACACACUUGUGUUCUGACCACAUGUGCUGGGCUGUACACUAUAUCAAUAAAGUGUUUAGACUUUUCAAAA